AUGGAGUUCCCUAAACCUCACAUUCAUCAUCCCCACGCUCCUAACACCCACACUCACACGGUGAUCCUACUCCAUGGUCGCGGCAGCGAUGGCCCCGAGUUCGCGGAAGAGCUUUUCUCAUCUUCAACCUCCAGGGGCCAAGACCUGCCCUCCUGUCUACCCUCCUAUCGCUGGGUGUUUCCAACCUCACGCGACCGAUGGAAUACCGCGUUUGAGGAGGAGACAUGCGCCUGGUUUGACGCCUACUCCUUAAGCAAUAUCGACGAACGACAGGAACUACAGAAAGACGGAAUACGAGAGUCGGUCUUACAUGUUCUCGAUAUUCUCGAAGACGAAGCUCGACUGCUAGAUGGGCAAUUUUCCCACAUCUACCUUGGAGGUAUGAGUCAGGGGAUGGCCACUUCCAUAUGGGCGUUCUUAGCUGCAACUGCGACAGGCCGAAUUCAGGGCCGACUGGGUGGUCUGUUAGGCUUCUGUGGUUGGUUGCCAUUCGCGCAACAGCUAGAGCAGUUGCUAUCUGGACCAUCCAUUACUCCUGGCAGCUCUCAGAUACAAAGUCUAAUAUCCGGGUUUUUCUUUGAUGAGAUUGCCGGUGAGAUAUCGCACUCUGAUCAGCCUGUUGACAGUGUUAUUUUAUCUACUCCUGUAUUUCUAAGUCAUGGAUCAGACGAUCCAUGGGUACCUGUAGAACUUGGACGGCAGGCAUGUCAAGUUCUGCGGAGGAUUGUGGUACGCGUUGACUGGCAAGAGUUCACUGGGGCAGAGGGUGAUGGCCAUUGGGUUAAGGAACCCGAGGGCUUUGACCAGAUUCUGCAGUUUCUCAAGAAUUGA